AUGUCGAAAACUAAGUUAUAUUCACAGCUUAAUGGGUAUGCAAGUAUCAUGCAGACUUUAAAAGAACUGGAAACUGAUGGGCACUAUGACGCAAUUUUCAGCUGCUUGUCUAAAGUAUAUGAAAAUAAGCCAAGUAGCCAGAAAGAAAGCUUUAAAGAAAACUUAAAGGUGAUCAUUGAAAACAUGAUUAACGUCAUCUGGAGCCAGUCCAUAGAGCUGACGACCGCAAACAGCUUGAACUCACCUUUUACAUCUCCUUAUAACUCCUACGAAAAGCUAGAACAGCCAAAACUAGCAACCAUUGACCUGAAUAAUUCCCCGACAGCUGAAAAGAAACCUAUAAAAAUUUCCUCUUAUAAGCCAAUGAGUUCAGGUGAAUAUGAUCUAGGCAAAUACAGGCUCUCAUACGCGAAUUUAAAAAAAAAGAAAAACGAAAGCAGCAUUUUCAGCUCACUGAAAGGGGAAGAUUUAGCCUUGCUUUCAGAUUUUUCUUAUCCAUCAGGCGCAGCCACAUUUAAUAGAGAAAGAAGAAGGCUAAAUGAGAUUAGAGAAAUCAGCCCUGGCCCUGGGUCUUAUGAAACUGACCCAGAAUAUUUAAGAAAAAAAUCCCCUAAAGCUGUUAUCCCCCACGGUGGCAAAAGAAUUGAUUUUGCUAAAGCAGACACCCCUGGGCCUCUUGACUAUUACCCUCUAAGACACUAUUUAUCCAAAUAUUAG